AUGCACUUCAUUCAUCAAAGAUGCCAUGAUUCCAACGCGAUUCCGCUGCUGCUCCUGCAUGGCUGGCCCAGCUCAGUUUGCCAGGUUUCGCAUGGAGCGAAGCCCCGAAGCAUAAGGGUGCAGACACAGCCUAUAUGGCCGAUCUCAUGGCUGAUCUCAUGCGAAUGCUGGGCUACACGCACUACGUUGCUCAUGGUGCUGAUGUGGGUGCGAUCAUUUGUUCCGUUCUUGCAGAUCGUUAUCCGCAGCAAUGUACUCAGGCCUCAAGCUUUUGCUGGGGCUCCCGUUUUGGAGCAAGCAGGAUUGGGAAGGCUUAUGGCGCACCAUGGACUUCGACAAGCACGAGUCGAAGUAAUGGCCUUUUGGACGACCCAGAGCAUCACAUCCAGCUUUCGGGUCUACUUCGAAAGUUUCGAAAGUCUUGGCAAGCAUCGCGGAGCUCGCAAGCAGAGAAGCAACGUGGUGAACUACGUGGCUGUCCCAACUGCUGUGAUGUCCAUCCAGAAAGACCUCUUCAAUCUCCCCAGGAAGAUGGUGGAGCUGAAAUUCAACGUGAAGCAUUGGAGCUCCCCCAGCAAGGGGGGGCAUUUCUUCGCCCUCGAGCAGCCGAAGGUGCUUGCUGAUGACAUCGAGAAGUUUUUCUACUCAGUGGUGGACUUUCAAGAAUGCAAGGACAAAGCACCAAAACUGGGCUAUCAGCCCUUCCUGCGCGAGAAGUGUGCAUUGCUGAUGGCUUUCAUCGCUGCAGCCGUUCUUCACUGGAAGAGAUGGGCGUGA